GAUUGUUGGAUUGACACCGCUGGGCGCUUCAAAUUCGCUCAAAUCUCUCGCUCCCGCGAAACGCCAUCGAAACCCGCGCCGUGAGAAAGCAAGAGCAAGCUGAGCGGGUCGAUUGGUCGUCCGUCGGUGCCUGUCUUGCCGCGGUCUCCAGUUCAGUGCAGAGCGAGCAGUUGCUGGUCCGUAACGUGUUUUUCUCUUCCAGCAGGGAGCGACGUUGAACCCCCCCGUAGAACCAGGCGCCUGGAGUAGAAUUAUUAGCGUGUGAGCUGCUCCACAUGAAUCUCUGAAAAGGGCCACCAUCCACCACAGAACGAGAGCGACGAGACAGCUGAGAGAAACGGUGGAGAGCGCGAGCGAGCGAGCAAGCAAACCGGAGAACCUACACGUUUCGUGGACCGUGCCUACAACUCACACAGCCUACAACCAAUUCGAUGUGAAGGAAUUUUCACACCGAAAUCUUUCCGUUUUGUCGACCGCCAGUGCACACUGCGGCAGAGAAACGACGACCCUCUUUGGAACACGGUCAUCACCGGAGGAGCGAUAGUCGAUUGCGGGACGAACGAUUUCCCCGGGGGUAGGAUAUUUCACCGUUUUGAGACAUCCGGCAAGGGGUGCAGAUUCAUUGAGAUCUGUUGGUUAGGCGAGAGAAGAGGAUAAAAGUAGGGAAGAAACGACACCAGAUUCUGCAGGAAGUUCCGAAAUGUCCUCGUCCUCGUCGUCGUCGUCGUCGCCAGUGCGGUACGGAUAGAGCAAAAGAGGGCCCCCCGAAAAAAAAGAAAGAAAGGAAAAGAGUGAGCACACGCGAGAGUGUUGUACGGCGAGAGCGAGCAGCAGUCGUUUUUGGGGAACGUCACGUCACAUACGUCAGAUUGCUGCGGAAGAUUCCCACUGAUUGUGGGUCGAGGUGGGCCGUGCAAGUGUUCUGAAAGUGACCCCAAGUGCGGUGCGGUGUUCCUCGGGUGUAAUCGAACUGACUUGCGCUCCGCGGGUGAAGAUCUUGAAGGUGGGGUGUCCCCAACCCGGUGGAAACACGGUCAAAUUUUCCCACGAAAACUCCAGCAAGAGCAGCCCCUCGCAAGAGAGCGAACCUUCCGUCCGCGGUUGUGUGUGAUAGUGUGUGUUGUGUGGAACCGAGGAUCUGCUGUGCGGUGGCCACACGAAAAAGGGAAGAAGGAAAAGUUUGCGUUUUGUCCCUAAGAAAGAAAACGGAAAGAAGAAAUAUUUGGCAAUUUUCUUCAAUUGAUUGAAAACGAAAGAAAGGAGGAAAAACACGAACGGACCGACGACGACGGAGUGGCCACUGCGCUGCUGCUGCGCUUCUGCUGUUGAGAGUUUAUCCUGUGCGAAGCAGCGCGUCGAGGAAAACGAGAAGAAGCAAAAUAUACAUAACGUUGCCCUUUUUCCGCGUGUGAGCGUGUGUGUGUGUUUGUGGAAAAAUCCUUAUUAUCCUUUCGCGAGUUCGGAUUAUGUUCGUUUUUUUCGGGUGUGCGAGAAGAAAAAUUGUCAUUCUACGAAAGCAAUAGGGUUUGAGGAAAAAUCGAAAAAUUGCAUCUCUGAUAUUGUUCAUGCUUCCUCCCUCCCUCCCACAACCCUGCAUCGGGUGCGAUCGAGUGAGUCUGUGUGAGAGUUGUGUGUGCCUGAAUCUGUCCGUUUUUGCUUUUGUGCCCCCUUCUCGCUACUGCUGCUGCUGCUGCUGAUGUUGUAAUACCAAGCAAGAGAGUGCACUGAAGCCUUCUCUACACUAAAGUGUCCUACUAAGUUAAAAAGAAAGAAAGAAAAAAAAAAAGAUAAGAAGAGCCAUUUGCCUAAAUAAUCAAGUGUGUCACACUCGAAAUCAAGUGUGCGUGCGAGUGCAAAUUUGCCUUCUCAGUGCGACCGCGAGCGAAAGUCAGUGUCGAAAUCUAGUGUGAAUCAGCGGCGGGCGUGGAUUAAAUAAUCACCUUCCCGUUUGUGCGACCGGGUAGAAACAGUUCGCCACGACGUCGACCAACAGCAGCAGCCAACCUCCACCGACAGCAGCAGCAUCAGGAGGCGGAGGAGGAGGAGGAGGACCAUCAGGGCCAUCAUCCGGAAGCACCGCGAAGGGAGGGGGUGGAGGUUCGCGACGACGGUCCCGCAGCCAAGUGCCGAACAGCACCGCUACCGCCGCCGCCAACACCACCUGUGCUAGCCGGCGUAGCAGCAAAACGGAUUACGCGCGACGCCGGAGUCCUCCCUCGUCCGCCACAGACGAAUCGUCCUCGUCGCUACUGCUGUCGGUGUCUGCCGGGGGUCGCACGGCUGCGGGAGACGGGAGUGCCGCCAUUGACCGGGAGCGUGAAAGCGGAGGAGGAGGCGGCGCCGGAGGAGGUUCGGCCACCAGUCAUCAGCACCAUCCACACCAUCCGCCGGAGUCGUCAUAUGAGAAGAGUCACAACAUGGCUUCGUCCAAUCACCGCGGCAUACAGAUCGGCUCGGCCUGGUUCCAGCGGAAGAUCAACCUGCGACCGCAGCACCGGGGCGUCCACCUGGUGACGGAGGAGAUCCUGCGACAGAUGCCAGAGCUGGGACAGUUUUCGGUCGGAUUGUGUCACGUGCAAAUUUUACACACGUCAGCUAGUUUAGCGUUAAAUGAAAGCUGGGACCCAGACGUACGGGACGACAUGGAAAUGAUGCUAAACAAGAUUGUGCCGGAAGGACUACCGUACCGACAUUCCUGCGAAGGUCCGGACGAUAUGCCCGCCCACGUGAAAGCGUGCUUUCUCGGCAGCUCACUGACAAUCCCGAUCACCGACGGCAAACUGUCGCUCGGCACGUGGCAGGGGGUGUGGUUGUGCGAACACCGUGACCACGCCGGCUCCCGCAAGCUGGUGAUAACGCUGUCCGGCUGCCCCCGGGACUCGGCCCGGAGUCCCCUCUCGCCGGUCUCGCCAAUCGCGUCCACGUCCAGUUAGGGACGGCCACGCUCUGCCCGCGAUAGUCGGUAAUCGUGGGUUAGAGCGGUACGCACACACAGACACACAAACAAACACACACACACACUGCGGUCUCUGCUACUGUUGUUGUAAGUUUCAUAUACUACUAGUAAGAGUCAUCAAAACAAGGGUUAGCAACGACGACGAAGUCGUGCGAAUUAAAAAAAAACGAGGACUCGGAUGAAAAACCUAUACAUAAUUAUGUUAAUUAUAAAGUAACAUGGACAACAACACACGCAGAAAUAAUCAAUGGAGAAAAUUGAAAGCAGAUUUUAAUAGCCAGAAAGAAAUGUGGAGGGAGACGAAAAAGCAGAGUACAUACUACUAAUAAAGCUAACGAUUCAUUUAGACACACACACACACACGAAACGCGAAAGCUGAAGAGAACAUCAAAAGCAGAAUAUUUAAUUUACAAUUUAUAUGAGACAAAAAUAGUACAUAGAUAUAACAAAACAUAGAAACCGCUAAACAAAUUUCGUAUAAAACGCAAUGAAAAUAGCAUUUAAGAUGUCUACUUGAAGGUUAAUAAGCAAAAGCAAAAACCAGAAAACGUCUCGGAAUGAACUAUUUUUUACCCAAUAGUAGAAACAGCAAACCAACUUGUUUUUAUUUUAAUGCCACAAUCGAACUACCAGAACUCAAACCUAGAACAAUUAAACAAAACAAGAGAAUAGCAAAGAAACCAAAACUACGGUUAGUUGUAGGAAUAUGUGAUGUUUUACCUUCUUUUUACAUUAUUUUCACAACGGAAGUUUUUUUUAGUUUGAACCGCCCCCUCCGCAAACAGUUAGAGCUAAUAGGCUGAACAAAACGUGAAACACGAAUGCACAAAACGCAACAUAUAGAAGAAAUAAAAAAAGAAAGAUUAAAUUAAACGUAAUAGAAUUAACAAAAAA